UCCUCCUAAAAUGUCUGCAUUUACCCAGAUAAUCUUCCAAUGGAAAUCCAUGGUUCAAGUGCCACCUCUUCAGGAAAGCCAUCUGACUUCAAUCAGGCAGCAGUGGAUGGUGCAGGGGAAAGAGGUGGGAAGGAGGUCCUGGGAGGGACGCUGGAUGUCUUACCCCAAGCUGGGCCUUGCAGUACCUGUGGCUGGCUGUGCUGGUUGAGCCGGAAUCGACCACGGAAAUUUGACACCUCCGGGCUUGGAAGCAGCUCUCUCCUCCUUCCCCGCUGCUUAUAAACCUCAGCCCUGAGGCUCCAGCUCACUCUGCCCCAUCUCCUUGCCUGGUGAGUCUCAUGGCUGACCCUGGAGGGAGGCUGGAGAUCAUUUUUUCUUCCUGGGCUCCUAGGUCCCUCCCCCAGAGCCAGCUCAGACAGGAAUUCAGGAAGCAGCUUUGGAUGAUCGAGCAACAGUGCGUGCAGGAGUGCGUGACGGGGUGGACAGAAAAGAGAAUGCCUCUUCCAGCCCCACCCGCUGCACCCCAGGGGGUUGUGAGUGCCUGUACUAAACCCGUCCUGGAGCAGGGAGUCAGAGACGCCCCGUUCCAGGACCCUUGUCACCGGGAGACAGGAGCGGGGAGGAUCUGUGGGGUCCUGGGUUCAGCACUCUGCCCUGCUGCCGCUGAGGAGAGGUAAGGGUGGAGCGGGACAGAGAAAAUGGGUCUGUUCAGACGGAGCCAGCUCUGACCAAAGGGGACAUUUGCCAGACCCUGUGCUUCUCUGCUGGGAGGAGCGGUUAGAGUGUGUGUGGGCGGAUACGAGUGGCCAGAGACCAGGGCCCAACAUAAACAAGCUUUGGAGACAAACAACCUUAUGACCUGUGAGGCUGGGUGAGACAAGAAGGGAUUCUUGAGACAGACACGCCACAGAGGGGCCACCAGACUCGAAGGACUCCAAGAAGGACCCUCAACUGAAGACCUCCUCUCAAGUAGAGGGGUCUCCAGAUCGAGGGAUCACCACAGAGGGGUCCCUAAGCCACAGACAUUUAAAAAGGACCCCAGAUUGUGAGACCUACAGAAGAGGGGGUUUCUGGAGCUGAAUCUCCUGCCCCCACCAAAAGUCAGCCCUGACAAAGGUCAGCUAGCCCCUUGAGGACAUCAGCUUUGGCCUCAGGGUCCUAAUGGCAGCAGAACCACUGACAGAGCUAGAGGAGUCCAUUGAGACCGUGGUCACCACCUUCUUCACCUUUGCAAGGCAGGAGGGCCGGAAGGAUAGCCUCAGCGUCAAUGAGUUCAAAGAGCUGGUUACCCAGCAGUUGCCCCAUCUGCUCAAGGAUGUGGGCUCUCUUGAUGAGAAGAUGAAGAGCUUGGAUGUGAAUCAGGACUCGGAGCUCAAGUUCAAUGAGUACUGGAGAUUGAUUGGGGAGCUGGCCAAGGAAAUCAGGAAGAAGAAAGACCUGAAGAUCAGGAAGAAGUAAAGCCGCCUGGCUGAGAUGGGGGUGGGCAGGGCAGGGCUGGUCAGGGCCGAGCAGAACCGCACUCUUCCCAAAUAAAGCUUCCUCCUUGAAACACAAA